UUUCACUUUUACGCAUUUCGCUACAACAUAGGAUUUAGUGUGCAUAACCCGCAUAGGGGCGCAGUAGCUAUGGAUGACAUGUCGACUCUAACAAAGAUGACUCGGACAGUGAAAAAAUUAGAAAUCCCUAGACCUCUCAAAUCGUCCACAAGUUCGGCUCACAACAGGAAUUCAGUACUGGAUGUGAAAAUUAACUCUGUGGAUGACCUUAUUGUGUUAACUGAGGCUGUUGCUUAUCAAAUGAUGCAAGGCAAUUAUGAUCGAGCACUUCAAAGCAAUGUCUCCACUAUGUAUUCUAACCUUAAAUUAUAUGGAGCACAACUAGAAUCUUUGUAUAAGGAAUUUCUUGACAGGUACUUUGUUGUAUUCCGAAAUGGAUCUCAAGAUGAGAGGCUUGAUAAGAAAACUCGACUUCAUCUACUAGAACUGAUAGAGCUACGUGCUAAACAUUGGCAGGGGUCUGAUUACAUGAGCCAGUAUUACAGACACCGUGGUACACAUGCAGAGCCACUUUUGGUACCAACAAUGGACGGGUCGGGCUCGGGUGGCUCGGUAUCCCCUACGCUGGCUACGCCUGCCGAGCCUCCGACAAUGCUCGGGCCCGGGGAAGUUAUCAAACCAUCUGGCAAAUUUCCAAAACCUACCAAGAUUCCUGGCAAAAACUAUUCCAAAGAUGAAGUUGUAAUAAGAAAUGCUGACUCUGGAAAAGUUAUGGGUAUCAAGGGCAGACGGGUGCAUAUGAUCGAGGAGCUUAGUGAUACGAUUAUAUCGUUUCAGAGAGUGAGUCCAGGCGCAAAGGAGCGGCUCGUCCAAAUUACUGGACCUAAUGAGGAGAAUGUUAAUCACGCGAAGCAUCUGAUCGGUGACACGAUUCGGCGCAACGCGUCGCCGGUGCGGCUGGAGGGGGCGCUGGACGGCGGCGCGCUGGCCACCUCCCGCGCUUCGCUCGACUCCAACGGCUCCGACGAGGCUCGCCCGAGGGAGAAAUCUCCACAUGUUUCGAGGGCUCUAAUGCAUAGCUUCUCCACUAAUGAUGCAGCUUUAAGCGAAUACAAAUACACUGUUAUGUUUGGUCAACAUUCCAUCAAGAUUACUGGAACCAAUUUAGAUCUUGUUAAGACCGCAAAACUGGUGCUGGACGAGUAUUUCGAGAGCGCCGGUGCGCUUGAGGCGCUGGGCGCGGGGUCGGGCGACUUCUUCACCCUGUCGCAGCGACCCGGCGCCGCGCUGUUACUGCGCGAUGACACCGCGCUCAACGGCGCCGAUGACGAUGUGUUCGCGCCGCCCGACGCCACGCCCACUACACCGGCCACGCCCGCCACACCCGCCCCACCGGCGACGCCAGCGGAGCCGGACGCAGCGCCGCGCCGCCCGCGCUUCUCGCGCGCCGCCUCCACCGAUAAGUACCACGGUGGCGGUUCGUCGCGGCAGACUUACUCGUACGAGACGCUGGUGCAGUUCGCCGACUCGCCGCUCAGCAAGCUGCCGCCCGCCGGCCUGGCCGCCUUCCCGCCGGAGCUGGCCCGCAAGGGUUGCCUGGAGUUCGACAGCGUUAGCUACUUGAAGAAGGUCCGCGCGGCCGGCGGCACCACCGUCGCCUCAGUCGACGCGCCCGACUCGCCCGAGCCCGAGUAACCCGACCCCACCCGACCCGAACACACACCCUGGCUAUGGCAACAUCUGUGGCUUGACAAUCCAGAUUACAGCUACAACUUGAGUAGUAACUUCUGGCUCCGAGGACUAUCGAGGCAUAGGAAAUUUGAUAAUACUAAAACCAGUUGACCCCGAUAGCGAGGUAC